UCUUGUGCAGUCUGACCAGCGGAAGACUAGCCCAUAAGGCGGAGCAAGGCCGUCGCGCCUUGAUGACGUUAUGCCGCCGGCGCGGGCGGGUGACGCGGCUGGGCCCGUUGUCUGUGUGUGGGGUUGAGGGGUCCCGGGGGCGGUGGGGGCUCCCGGUGGGGGCUGCGGUGGGGCGGGAGGGCCUGGACAUGGCGCUGAGGGGCCGCCCCGCGGGAAGAUGAAUAAGGGCUGGCUGGAGCUGGAGAGCGACCCGGGCCUCUUCACCCUGCUGGUGGAAGAUUUCGGUGUCAAAGGGGUGCAAGUGGAGGAGAUCUACGACCUUCAGAGCAAAUGCCAGGGCCCUGUAUAUGGAUUUAUCUUCCUGUUCAAAUGGAUCGAAGAGCGCCGGUCACGGCGAAAGGUUUCUACCUUGGUGGAUGAUACGUCUGUGAUUGAUGACGAUAUUGUGAAUAACAUGUUCUUUGCCCACCAGCUGAUACCCAACUCUUGUGCCACUCAUGCCUUGCUGAGCGUGCUCCUGAACUGCAGCAACGUGGACCUGGGACCUACCCUGAGUCGCAUGAAGGAUUUCACCAAAGGCUUCAGCCCUGAGAGCAAAGGAUAUGCAAUUGGCAAUGCCCCGGAGUUGGCCAAGGCACAUAAUAGCCAUGCCAGGCCCGAGCCACGCCACCUCCCUGAAAAGCAGAAUGGCCUUAGUGCAGUGCGGACCAUGGAGGCAUUCCACUUUGUCAGCUAUGUGCCUAUCACAGGUCGGCUCUUUGAGCUGGACGGGCUGAAGGUCUACCCCAUUGACCAUGGGCCCUGGGGAGAGGAUGAGGAAUGGACAGACAAGGCCCGGCGGGUUAUCAUGGAGCGUAUUGGCCUCGCCACUGCAGGGGAGCCCUACCACGACAUCCGCUUCAACCUGAUGGCAGUGGUGCCCGACCGAAGGAUCAAGUAUGAGGCCAGGCUGCACGUGCUGAAAGUGAACCGUCAGACAGUACUAGAGGCUCUGCAGCAGCUGAUAAGAGUAACACAGCCAGAGCUGAUUCAGACCCACAAGUCUCAAGAGUCACAGCUGCCUGAGGAGUCCAAGCCAGCCAGCAACAAGUCCCCGCUGGUGCUGGAGGCACACAGGGUCCCUGUAGCCUCUGAGGGCACCCACACAGAUGGUGCGGAGGAGGUGGCUGGUUCAUGCACACAAGCUCCAACCCACAGCCCUCCCAGCAAACCCAAGCUGGUGGUGAAGCCUCCAGGCAGCAGCCUCAAUGGGGCUCCCCCCAACCCCACUCCCAUUGUCCAGCGGCUGCCGGCCUUCCUAGACAAUCACAACUAUGCCAAGUCCCCCAUGCAGGAGGAAGAAGACCUGGCGGCAGGUGUGGGCCGCAGCCGAGUUCCAGUCCGCCCACCCCAGCAGUACUCAGAUGACGAGGACGACUAUGAUGAUGAUGAGGAGGAUGACGUGCAGAACACCAGCUCUGCCAUUAGGUAUAAGCGGAAGGGAACAGGGAAGCCAGGGGCAUUGAGCAGUUCUGCUGAUGGGCAGCUGUCAGUGUUGCAGCCCAACACCAUCAACGUCUUGGCCGAGAAGCUCAAGGAGUCCCAGAAGGACCUCUCAAUUCCUCUGUCCAUCAAGACUAGCAGUGGGGCUGGGAGUCCGGCUGUGGCAGUGCCCACACACUCGCAGCCCUCGCCCACCCCCAGCAACGAGAGUACAGAUACGGCCUCCGAGAUCGGCAGUGCUUUCAACUCACCACUGCGCUCGCCCAUCCGCUCAGCCAACCCGACGCGGCCCUCUAGCCCUGUCACCUCCCACAUCUCGAAGGUGCUUUUUGGAGAGGAUGACAGCCUGUUGCGUGUUGACUGCAUACGCUACAACCGUGCUGUCCGUGAUCUGGGUCCUGUCAUCAGCACAGGCCUGCUGCACUUGGCUGAGGAUGGGGUGCUGAGUCCCCUGGCUCUGACAGAAGGUGGGAAGGGUUCCUCGCCCUCCAUCAGACCUAUCCAAGGCAGCCAGGGGUCCAGCAGCCCAGUGGAGAAGGAGGUCGUGGAAGCCACGGACAGCAGAGAGAAGACGGGGCUGGUGAGACCUGGCGAGCCCUUGAGUGGGGAGAAGUACUCACCCAAGCUGCCUACUGCUCAUGGGGCUUUGUUGCUGGCCAGCCCUCAUCAGAGGUGCAAUGCUGGGUUUUGGCAGGAGCUGCUGGCACUGCUGAAGUGUGUGGAGGCUGAGAUUGCAAAUUAUGAGGCAUGCCUCAAGGAAGAGGUGGAGAAGAGGAAGAAGUUCAAGAUUGAUGACCAGAGAAGGACCCACAACUACGAUGAGUUCAUCUGUACCUUCAUCUCCAUGCUGGCUCAGGAAGGCAUGCUGGCCAACCUAGUGGAGCAGAAUAUCUCCGUGCGGCGGCGCCAAGGGGUCAGCAUCGGCCGGCUCCACAAGCAGCGGAAGCCUGACCGGCGGAAACGGUCUCGCCCCUACAAGGCCAAGCGCCAGUGAGGACUGCUGGCCCUGACUCAGCAGCCCACUCUUGCCGCGUGACCCUCACUAGGGUCCUUUCCUGCCCCACUUUCCCCUUUCCCAGUAUUACUGAAUAAUCCCAGCCAGAGAGCCCAGGCCCUGGGAAUAGACCAUAUUCCCUGCAUCGUGCCCUGAGGCCUGGCACAGGGCAGAUCAGCCCUUUAGUGCUCAGGAGGCAGGAUCUGGAGUUGGGGCACAACGAGGUACUGUAGCUUCUUCCUCCACAGCCGGCUGUGGAGUAGCAGGACCUGGCCCUUCUGCCUGGGCAGCAGAAUAUAUAUUUUACCUAUCAGAGACAUCUAUUUUUCUGGGCUCCAACACAUCUUGCCACCAUGUUGACAUAGGUUCCUUCCUGACUGUGCUCUCUCUCCUAACAGCUGUCCUGGUUGGCCCAGGUCCUUAUAUCAUGCCAGAGUCACAACUAUAGGGUCCCAGCUGGGGGCGGGUGGGCACUGGACCCUGCUGCUCUAGCCCCAGCCACCAGCCUGUCCCUGUUGUAAGGAAGCCAGGCCUAUUCUCUUCAUUUCUCUUAGGAGAGUGCCAAAAACUCAGGGACCCAGCACUGGACUGGGUUGGGAGUGGGAUGUCCCAGUGGGGUUUGGGCGAGCAGCCUGCUGGGAUCCCAUGGCCUGAGCAGAGCAUGUGGGAACUAUUCAGUGCCCUGUGAACUGUCUUCCUUGUUCUAGCUAGGCUGCUCAAGACUGUUCUCCACAGCAAGGUUCUGGGGCUUUUUGCCUUCAGUGUUGUGGCUCUAGGUAUGGGCCUAACUUGGGCUCUGGGUCUCUGUCCCUGGAGCUUGGGGCUCAGAGGAGCCUCUGCCCAGCCCCUCAGUAUUACCAUGUCUCCUUCCUCUUAGGGGUAGCAGAGACAGGGCUGCUUGUAGGAAGCUGGCACCACUCAGCUCUCCCUGCUACUCCAGCUUCCUCAGCCUCUGCAAGGCACUCAGGGUUGGGGACAGCAGGAUCAAGACAACUAGUUGGAGCCCUGUGUUCCAGAGGGCCUGAUGCCAAGGGGUAAUGGGCCCAGCACUGCCUCUGGAGCCCAGGCCCCAACACAGCCCCAUGGCCUCUGCCAGAUGGUUUUGAAGGUGAUCCAAGCAGGCCCCUUGUCUGUACAUAGUGACUGAAUGGGGGUGCUGGCAGGUGUGACAGCUGCCUCUGGGCAGAGCACAGCCUGACCCCUCUAGCCCCUGUAAAUACUGGAUCAAUGAAUGAAUAAAACCCUCCUAAGAAUCUCCUGAGAAA